CGAGAGGAUGUUGAGGAAGCUGUGUCCACGUGUGGUUUGUGUAACGUGAGGAAAUGCAUUCAGUGCCCUUAACGCAAUGACAGGACCGCGUCCAUGGCGGGACAUGUGAAGAAGCAGCUUAAGGACGCACUGAAGGUCAUCAGCUCAGGUAGCCUUCUGUUUGUCUCCUACCUCACUGCGGUUGGAGAUGAGCGUUUCUAUGCCAAUCAGCUGAUGCCCCUUCUGCAGAAGAUUGUGGGGGCAGAGACGGCACAUGUGUUGGCAGUGAAGAUGAUAGGUCUGGGUCUGGUUCCUUUGAACCGCUACAAGGACCCUGCAUCAUUGGAAGUGAAUGUCCUGGGAUUAAAGUUCAGAAACCCUAUUGGAAUUGCGGCAGGCUUUGACAAGCAUGGAGAGGCCAUAGACGGGUUGUACAAGGUGGGUUUCGGCUUUGUUGAAGUGGGCACUAUCACUCCCAAGCCUCAGGAGGGGAACCCCAAACCACGUGUGUUUCGACUCACUGCGGAUCAUGCAAUUAUUAACAGAUAUGGAUUCAACAGCUGUGGUUUGGCAGAAGCACAAGAAAGGCUGAAGGCCAGAGGCGCACAGCAACGUAAAGCUGGCCUUCCCCUGGGCAUCAACCUGGGGAAGAACAAGCUAUCCCAGGACGCGGGGGCAGAUUACUUGGAGGGGGUGAGAGGGCUGGGCCCACUGGCUGACUACCUGGUGGUCAAUGUCAGCAGUCCAAAUACGCCAGGUCUCCGGGAUCUACAGGGGAAGGCUGAGCUCCACCAGCUCCUGCACACGGUGCUGAAGGAGCGCGAUGCCCUGCGGGUAGAAUCCAAACUUCCAGUCCUAGUGAAGAUUGCUCCUGACCUCACUGCCCAGGACAAACAAGAUAUUGCUGAUGUUGUCACUGAGCUAGGAGUGGACGGUUUGAUGGUGUCUAACACCACAGUGUCCAGGCCAGACACGCUUCAGGAUCCGCAUAAGUCUGAGGUUGGUGGGUUAAGUGGCCAACCUCUCAAAGACCUCUCUACUAGCACUGUCAGAGAGAUGUACAACCUCACCAAAGGUAAAGUAACAAUUGUUGGAAUCGGCGGUGUGGCCAGCGGGCAGGAUGCUAUGGAUAAGAUCCGUGCUGGUGCAUCACUGGUCCAGCUUUACACAGCUUUGACCUACCAGGGUCCGCCUGUAGUGACGAAGAUAAAGCGAGAAUUGGAACAACUUCUUAAAGAACAAGGUUUCAGCUGUGUAUCAGAGGCAGUUGGAGCAGAUCACAGGGGAGCAGAUGGAUUGACUCAUAAGUAGAGGAUGCAGAAAGAGAUGGAGAACUUCAAGCAAUAAUCAAAGAAACGUGCCAUUUUUUCAUUGUAUUAAAGUUACAAAAACUCAUAGGCUGUGGCAUGCAAUGUGUUCUCUGACAUGAUUAGAAAAAUGGACUUGUUUUGAAUCUGAAUGUACUUGCACAGUGUGGUGUCCCUGGGUUUUGGCAAACUCAGUUUUGUUGUUGUAUGUGGAGAACAGCACGUGUUAAGGCGAAUAAUUUUCUGCUGUAGCAGGACUGUUUUUGACACAAAAUAUGCUUUAAGGUACUAAAAUGUUAAAAGAAUAAAUAGUUACGCUGUGGGAAGAACCAGUUUUUAAUUUUAAGAUAAACUUCUGAGUGUAGUCAACAAAUUUUUAUAAUCAUCCGUAGCAGCAGCAGACAGCAGAGUUUAGAUGAUUUAAGAGAUUUUCAGCCUUGAAAGAACUAAGAUGACUUUUUUUAUGUUCCCUGCAGUCAUAGAGAAAGCCCUUCAAGUUCUUUCCCUCAGCUCAACUGUCACUCCCCUCUGUUGAUACUAGCUAAGGGUAUCUGGGUAUCAUCCCACUGGUGGAGGCUGUUGCUUUUAUUGUUGGGUUUUUCUCACUCAUUAACACAUUGGGAUGUCUUUGUAGCCUAUCACAAUACCCGCUGCUAAUCCAAGAAUAGACAGUCAUUAGACAUUGUCUGUGAAGGCAGCAGCACUGUGAGGAUCAGCUGUGAGCUGAUGGGCGCCUCCUUCUUCCUCUCCUGAGGCUGUGUAGACUUGUGUCCCGUAUGGGUGGUGUCACAGGGAGGGGAGGUAAGGCCUAGCUAGAAGCAAAACUUCAAAACUGAUGGCCAUUUAGAUGUACGGUUUCCUCUUGUGACAUCGAUCAUAGCUAGGAGGCAGCCACCCCCAGCCAUCUUCUCUGUCCCUGAGAUGCUAUUUGUGCCAAGUUUUGAUACAAUCUGAAAGCUAAUGGGGGAAAGAGAAGGUCAGCGCUGGUGCCAUAUCCUCAUGAAUGAGCAUUACACAAAUAUCUACUAUCGUAUGUAGCAUUCGCAUGUUUUGACAAGGUCAAUAGUCCAAGCAUUGUUUUAUUACCACAUUCUGUAUGUUGUGUGACUAACCAACACACUAAUAAAAUGUUGUCAGUGGAGAGCA